CAGACAGAUAAGCACUCAGAACGGCCCAAACAAAGCAGACGGAUGAGCGCUGUUUUGAGUGGCAGCUUUUUCCCAUCAAACCCACUAACAAAAUCUCUUUCAGUCUCUCCAAUUUCUCCGCCAUGGAGCUCCUCCUCCUCCUCCUCCUCCCUCUCAUCUUCAUCUCAACAGCAGCUCAUUCGCUUCCGCUCUUUCUUCCAAGAGCGGCUCAGAGCUUAAUCUCCAAAUCAAACAAAUACCCCAAUCUUCCAUACAUUGCUCAUUAUUUCCCGCAGGAGUUGGAUCAUUUCGCUUAUCGCCGGAGGUCUUAUGGCGUUUUCUAUCAGAAAUAUCUUCUGAACUCCACGUUUUGGGAGAGAGGAGAGCCAAUCUUUGUUUAUACGGGCAACGAAGGGGACAUUGAGUGGUUUGCUGCUAAUACUGGAUUCAUGAUGGACAUUGCGCCUAAGUUCAGGGCACUGCUUGUCUUCAUCGAGCACCGGUAUUAUGGAGUUUCGAAGCCAUUUGGGGAAGAGUCGUUUAAAUCCGCAGAGAAUUUAGGGUACUUGAACUCAGCACAGGCUUUGGCGGACUAUGCAGUGCUCAUAAGGAGCUUGAAGCAGAACCUUUCUGCAGAAUCAUCUCCAGUUGUAGUUUUCGGAGGCUCCUAUGGAGGAAUGCUGGCUGCAUGGUUCAGGCUGAAGUACCCCCAGAUAGCCAUUGGCGCCUUGUCAUCAUCUGCACCUAUACUGCAGUUUGAUGACAUUACUCCAUGGAGCAGUUUCUAUGAUGCCACAUCUCAGGACUAUAAGGAUGAGAGCAUGAACUGCUUUGCAGUGAUAAAGAAGGGUUGGGAUGAGCUGAUGUGGUUUUCAAUGAAAAAUGGGCUUUCUGAGCUUAGUAAAUUAUUCAGAACAUGCGAAAAUCUUCAUUCAGUAUAUGAAGCACGAAAUUGGCUAUGGGAAGCAUUUGUAUAUUCGGCCAUGGUUGAUUAUCCAGUAGAAGCAAAUUUCAUUAGACAAUUGCCUGCCAAUCCAGUUCAAAAGAUGUGCAGAAUAAUAGAUGGAUUUCCACCAGAGGUUGAUAUACUGACCAAAGUGUUUUCAGCUGCAAGCCUAUAUUACAACUAUUCAGGAAGCCAGUCUUGCUUUGAUAUAGGACAUGAAGCUGAUUCCCAUGGGCUUAGUGUAUGGAAUUGGCAGGCUUGCACAGAAAUGGUCAUGCCAAUGACUUGCUCUAACGAAAGUAUGUUCCCACCAUCAGCAUAUGAUUAUGAACAAUUUGCUGACCAAUGCAUGAUGACUUUUGGUGUGAGACCUCGGCCCCAUUGGAUUACUACCGAGUAUGGAGGCCAUAACAUUAAGCAAGUUCUUUCGAGAUUUGGAAGCAACAUAAUAUUCUCCAAUGGAAUGAGAGACCCUUGGAGCAGAGGAGGGGUACUUGAGAACAUAUCAUCUACCAUUGUUGCAAUCGUCACCCAAAAAGGUGCUCAUCAUUUGGAUUUUAGAUCUGCUACAAAAGAAGAUCCAACUUGGCUUAUAGAACAGAGGAAGGAAGAAGUGGAAAUUAUAAAAAGUUGGAUAGAUAGGUACAAAGGAGAUGAAAUGAUAUGAAGAUUUAUAACUGCAAAUAAUUUAAUAAAUGGGAUGUGUAUUGCAAAACAAUAAGUGUCUCAUUGCAUUCAUACAGUUCUGAUAAUUUGUAAUUUAUUAUCAAAUCAAUUGUUUUUAUACU